AUGAAGGCGACAUCCAUGAAGGCCCUGGUGCUCGGCCUGGCCACUGCGUGCCUGCUGUUCGCGGCCGCCCACGCAAAGCCGAAGGACCAGGUCGGCACCGGCAUCAUCACGACCACCAGCGAGCUGAACGCCACGGCGGCGAUGGACAAGCUCAUGGAGAUAGUCACGGCGCGGGGGUUCGCCGUGGCAGUGCGUGUCAACCACGCGGCAGCUGCUGCCACUGUGGACAUGGACCUCCGCCCAACAGAGACCCUCAUCUUUGGAAACCCGGUAGCAGGCACACCCCUGAUGCAGGAGCAGCAGUCCAUAGCACUUGACCUGCCAUUGAAGUUGGCCGUGUGGCAAGAUGCAGACAACAAGACGAUCAUUGCGUACAAUGACCCAGAGUUCCUUGCAAGCCGGCACGGAAUCACUGAAAACAGCAUGCGAAUCAGUGCCCAAGCCGAUUUCCUCAAGAACGUCACUGCCGAAGCGGCUUCUUAG